AUGAUGUUGGCUUAUUCUGCCAGUUCCCGUGGCACUGUUUAUAGGGGCAGGGGAGAAAACAGCACUAUAUCCACAGUACUUGUGGUCAUCUACUUUAUGCUCAUGCUGUUUAUCUCAGGUCUAUCACUAUUUUACACGAACUUCUUGCAGAACAUCUCAUGGAUUCAGUACUUCAACAUUCCUCAUUAUGGAUUUACAGCUUUGCAGCACAAUGAGUUUCUGGGACAAACCUUCUGUACAGAACAUAACACAGCAGAAGUCAGUAGAUGUCUGAACUAUGUAAUAUGUACUGGUGAAGAAUUCUUGAUAAUCCAGGGCAUUGAUCUCUCAUCAUGGGGCUUCUGGAAGAAUCACGUGGCCUUAUCUUGUAUAAUGAUUAUCUUCUUAUCACUUACCUAUGUGCGAUUAUUAUAUCUUAAGAAAAAGAGACAUUUUUAAAUCUCUCUUCCACUUUCUUUGAACUAAUCUGAUAUUUAAAAAAGUCAAAACUUUUCUGGUGGCCAUGUCAGUGGAGCAUCAGGGAGCACCUGAGUUCAGGAGUUUGGCCCACCAGGAUAUAAGGCACUGAUGGGUGAAUUUUGGAUAGAAAAGAACUUGGGCUCCAGCAUGAAUCUUGCUACUGCUGUGCCUUUGCAUCUGACUCUGGUAUCUGGCAUGGUGUGA